GUGGCGCGGCCGCUGGCAGGGGGCGGGCGAGGGGAAGCGGUGCCAGCCCUGCGCGGGAGCGCGGCUCAGAGUCAGCGGCGCUGGCCAUGCCGGGCGGCGCGGCGGCGUAGAGCUGAGCCCAGCCCAGCCGCGCCGCUGAAGGACACCGGCAGCGGCGAGGCUUCCCCGCGCUCUUCCGCAGCUGGUGCGCGCCCGCCCCGCAGCAUGGAGGCUGGGAAGCGCAGCUCCUCUCCCGGCAGCCGGGACGAUAGCAGCGCUAACGCCUUCCCAGCCAAGCCGGCGGCUCCGGCGGAGAAAGCCCAGAGCAGCCCCGGAGGCAGGGGCAGCGGCGGCGGCGUGAAGGAGCAUGGCAACUCGGUGUGCUUCAAAGUGGACGGCGGCGGGGGCGAGGAGUCCGUGUUGGGCUUCGAGGAUGCUGAGGGGCCCCGGCGGCAGUACGGCUUCAUGCAGCGGCAGUUCACCUCCAUGCUGCAGCCGGGGGUCAACAAAUUCUCCCUCCGCAUGUUCGGCAGCCAGAAGGCGGUGGAGAAGGAGCAGGAAAGGGUUAAAACCGCGGGGUUCUGGAUCAUCCACCCUUACAGCGACUUCAGGUUUUACUGGGACUUAAUCAUGCUCAUAAUGAUGGUUGGAAACCUUGUCAUUAUACCAGUUGGAAUCACGUUCUUCACAGAACAAACAACAACACCAUGGAUUAUUUUCAAUGUGGCAUCAGACACUGUUUUUCUAUUGGACUUGAUAAUGAAUUUUAGAACUGGGACUGUAAAUGAAGACAGCUCUGAAAUAAUACUGGACCCUAAAAUCAUUAAGAUGAAUUACUUAAAAAGCUGGUUUGUGGUUGACUUCAUCUCAUCAAUACCAGUGGAUUAUAUCUUUCUCAUUGUAGAAAAAGGAAUGGAUUCGGAGGUUUACAAGACAGCAAGAGCACUUCGUAUUGUGAGAUUUACAAAAAUCCUCAGCCUGUUACGUUUAUUACGCCUUUCAAGACUGAUUAGAUACAUACACCAGUGGGAAGAGAUUUUCCACAUGACAUACGAUCUGGCCAGUGCUGUGGUGAGAAUCUUUAAUCUGAUCGGAAUGAUGCUGCUGCUGUGCCACUGGGAUGGUUGUCUGCAAUUUUUAGUACCAUUACUCCAGGAUUUCCCACCAGAUUGCUGGGUGUCCCUAAAUGGUAUGGUUAACGAUUCCUGGGGAAAGCAGUACUCAUACGCACUCUUCAAAGCUAUGAGCCAUAUGCUCUGCAUUGGCUAUGGAGCCCGUGCCCCUGUCAGCAUGUCUGACCUCUGGAUAACCAUGUUGAGUAUGAUUGUGGGGGCUACUUGUUAUGCCAUGUUUGUUGGUCACGCCACUGCCCUCAUUCAGUCUCUGGAUUCCUCACGGCGACAAUAUCAAGAAAAGUACAAACAAGUGGAACAGUACAUGUCAUUCCACAAGUUACCUGCUGAAAUGCGCCAGAAGAUCCAUGAUUACUAUGAGCACCGCUACCAAGGCAAGAUCUUUGAUGAAGAAAACAUUCUCAAUGAGCUCAAUGAUCCCCUUAGGGAGGAGAUUGUCAACUUCAAUUGUCGGAAGCUGGUUGCUACAAUGCCUCUUUUUGCUAAUGCAGACCCAAAUUUUGUGACUGCCAUGCUAAGCAAACUGCGAUUCGAGGUGUUCCAACCUGGUGAUUAUAUUAUCCGAGAAGGGGCUGUGGGUAAAAAGAUGUAUUUCAUUCAGCAUGGUGUUGCUGGUGUCAUCACCAAAUCCAACAAGGAGCUGAAGCUGACAGAUGGCUCUUACUUUGGGGAGAUUUGCCUUUUGACCAAGGGCCGUCGAACUGCCAGUGUACGAGCAGACACGUACUGUCGCCUGUAUUCCCUCUCAGUGGACAACUUCAACGAGGUCCUGGAAGAGUACCCCAUGAUGAGAAGGGCCUUUGAAACGGUGGCAAUUGAUAGACUUGACAGGAUAGGGAAGAAGAACUUGAUCCUCCUGCAGAAGUUCCAGAAGGACCUCAACACCAGGGUUUUCAACAACCAGGAGAACGAGAUCUUGAAGCAGAUUGUGAAGCAUGACAGAGAGAUGGUGCAGACCAUCACCCCAGUGAGCUUGCAGCAGAUGCCCGUGCCAAACUCCAGCACCUCCACCGCCUCCUCAUCAUUGCGUGUCAGGACGCAGUCCCCUCCCAUUUACACCACGAGCAGCCUUUCUCACGGAAACCUGCAUUCCACCUCACCCAGCACACAGACACCCCAGCAAGCCAUCAUCCUCUCGCCCUGCUCCUACACCACCACCAUCUGCAGCCCACCCGUACAGAGCCCUCUGGCUGGCCGAACUUUCCAGUAUGUCUCACCGACCACCUCGCAGCUCUCCCUUAUGCAGCAGCAGCCGCAGGUGCCCCAGCAGCCACGUGGUGCUGUGCAGAAGAACGAGGUCCACAAGAGCACCCAGGCCCUCUACAACACCAAUCUGACCCGGGAGGUGCGGCCCCUCUCUGCCUCUCAGCCUUCCCUGCCCCAUGGGAUCUCCACCCUGAUUGCCAGGCCUCACCCCACCAUGGGGGAGUCCCUUGCCUCCCUCCCGCAGCCCACCCCUGGCCCCAGCAUGCCUCCGGCCAGCCAGGCCACCGUCCCCCAGCAUGUCUCGCUCUUCCGACAGAUGUCCUCAGGAGCCAUCCCCCUGAACUGGGGGGCCAUGCUGCCCACAGCCCCUCUGCAAAGGGAUUCUUCCAUGGUCUUAAGCACAGAGCCCGAGGGAGACAAACUGCGGUUCGCAUCAAACUUAUGAUCCCUGGUAACUGUGAGCAACAGACUUGUAAUGAACUGAGAACCAUUCCUGGAACUGUUUUAGCCUAUUUCCUAAUGUACUCCAGCAGUCUACUAUGAGAAAAAUACUUUAGACAGCUUUGCCCUACAAAACAAAUUUAAAAAUUAUAUAUAUAUAUAUAUAUAAAAAAAGGAAUUAAAAAAACUUGUUUGAAUUCAUGUCUUCCUUUCUUGUAACCAUUAAAGAAGUAUAAAUUCAGCUUUAAUAUUAUUUAAUUUUAACAUGUUGACUUUAAAAUCGGUCUGACAGAUUUCUCUGUUUAUGAGGUUUGCUAUUUUCAUGGGAAAAUUGUCAACACAAUAACAAACUUCAAACAAGUAUAUUAAAAAAAAUCAAUGUAACUAAAACAUAGCACUGACUGAGUGAUAUUCUGAAACCUUCAUUAUUUUAUUUAUUACAUAUAUGUUGUUAAUUUCACAUGAAGAAUUCAGUUGUUAUUUCCCAUUGCAUUUCAUAUUUUAGCACUUUCCAUUCAGAAUUAAAUUGGAAAACAAAUAAAUUGCAAACACCUGCAGUCAAAAGGCUGGCACUAGUACUCCUCUGGAUAGAUUGUAACCUCACGAUAUGUCAACCAUUCUGUUGUUUCAGAAAAAUGGGUGGACUUCAAUCUUCACAUUGCUAAAGACUUUUACAAAGACUAUAAAUAUUGCCAUUAUAAAUAACUUUUUAGACCCAAACAAAAAUAGCUGCUGUGUGGUGUACCAUUGCAAGGUCUUUGUUUAGGAAUUUAGGUUCAGCUCUUCACUUCAAAAUUUACAGUUUUAAAAUUUGUUAAAGCUAAGUGCAACACAACUGUUGAAUUGUAAUGCAAUGGCUUAAAACCUACAAUGUUACUUUUACAUGCAAUGUUUUAUGCAAAAUUGUACGCUUGAUCCUGCAAACUGCUUGUACUUCACCAAUACCAUCACUUUUCUUCUCCUUGCCCUCAAUAGCAUCUGAAAAUAUUCCAUGCAUGUUUUGG